AUGCGGGUUUCCCGUCUUUCAUUCUUCCUCUUCUGCCUGGCGUUCCUGUUUGCCGCCGUCGUCUCAGGAGACAGCAGUGUAGAACCGUCGAGCCUUCCAACGGCAGCAGCACCUACUACUGCGGACCAACCUACUUCUGAAGCACCAGCGCCGACUUCAACCUCGUCUUCGUCGUCAUCCUCUUCGACCGAGUCAACGUCAUCUACGUCCUCGUCUACGUCCACGUCCUCGACGUCCUCGUCAUCAUCGUCUUCAACGAGUACUACUGAAGCGCCUGUGACUACUUCCUCCGCUGAGCCAACCACUACCUCAUCGUCCGACGAUGUCACGUCCACGACGAUGCCUACGGCUGCACAGACAACGGCACAGGCUACGUCAACUUCAAAAGGCGACUCUUCCGCCCAUACCACCACGACCGUUCCUACUACUACGGCAAGCCCGGUAGUCUCCGUGAUAACCACUGUUAAGACCAUCAGUGGAAGCACCGUUCCUAUGACCAUGACUACAACCCAUCCUGCAGCUGCCGCAACCGAUGCUCCUGGCUUGAACUCCGACGGGUCCAAGAAGUCCAGCUCCGGUCUCUCUUCCUCUGACAAGAAGAUCAUUAUUGGUGUUGUCGUCGGUGUUGGAGGUGCCAUCCUGAUUGCUGCAGUUGCGAUCGUCGUAUGGAGGGUCUCUGCCAAGAGACGCAACGCUAUGAACAGUGAUGAGGCCGACGACCUCAUGAGUGGUACUGCCCUCGGUUCUAACCCUCGCGAAAAGGCCCCAAGUCCUGGAAGCGGUAGCACUCCCUUCCAGCAUACCUUGGACCAAUACCAUAACCCGGGCCCUGUCAAUGCCGCGUCAAAUUUCUAG